UCGGAGGAAACAUGGGUCUACAGGAGAAGAUCAACGCCAACCCGACAGUAUACGCGGUGGCCACGCCGGCGCGCAAGAAAUUCAACGUGGACGAGACGCUUGACGAGGAUGUCGCCGACCCUUUCGAGCCCGAUGAGGUCUUCGAAAUCCUUCGACACAUCAACGAUCCGGAGCACCCGCUGACGCUAGAGCAACUGAAAGUCAUGUCGCUCGAGAACGUCCACGUGGACGAUGUUAACUCGCGCGUUAAGAUCUUCUUCACGCCCACCAUCCCUCACUGCAGUAUGGCGACGCUAAUCGGACUGUGCCUCCGCGUAAAGCUACUGCGCUCGCUACCGUCGCGUUUCAAGGUGGACAUCCUUAUCACGCCUGGCACGCACUCGUCCGAGGCGGCGGUGAACAAACAGCUCAACGACAAAGAGCGCGUGGCGGCUGCGCUCGAAAACUCGCACCUGCUUACGGUUGUGAACAAGUGUAUUGCCCACACGGACAAGUGAGAAGAAAGCGCGGCACCAGCGUAUUGAAAUCAACGAAUGUUUAACAGCUUUGUGAUUAAUAUGAUAUUUGUUCCCUAAAAAACAUAA